AAAAAAAAAAAAGGAAGAGAAAGCAGAGGAAUGAGAGGAAACCAUAACAAUCUUUAUCGGAGGGAAGGAUGGAGAAGAGAACAAGGGAGCUCAGAAAGUUAAAAUCCUGCGCUAUCAGGAAUGGGUGGAAGUUUGUUGGUUUUUGGAAGAGAGGAUGGUAUAAGCUGCGGAGAAAUUUCUCGUGUGUGUCGGAAAAAAGCAGAGGAGGAGGAGGAGGAGGAGGAGGAGGAAGCACAACAUGCCUUUACCGGAAGCCGAGAAGAGCCAAUUCCGACAUCUGAACACUUUUUCUGGCAUCCUUCCUCCGUGAUGUCUGAUUGCUGUUCACGACAACAGAGGUUCUAGUAAUGGAAGAGAAGAUCAAGAAAAAAAAAAAAAAGAAGAAAGGUAGAGAAAUAUGAUAGGUUGUAAAAUCUUUUAUGGCUGUUUUUGUUUUUUUUUUUUUAAUUGAGAAUUAUGAAAAUACAAAAGUUUUUUUUAA